AUGCACUCGUCGCAAGAUCAAAUGCGACAAGGUAUUGCCAUGAAUACACAUUGUGCUCGGCCGCGCGAUUCCACGACACUCAACCACCGGGGCCCUCUACUACGCGAUGGCGAUAUCCACUCCCCCGAUAUCGUUGACCUUGAUGUUGUUUCAAGACUCCAGGCCCGGGUACGUGAGCUAGAAGCGACAUUGCAACAAAUCGCUUCCAGUAAGCAGCCUGUCACAUCACCAGUCCUGCAAAAUGAAAGAACAGACAAUGGAGUUGUUGUCACACCAUCCGUUGCGUCCACAGAAGAAUGCAUCGAAAACGAUAUAUCCGGACCUGAGCGACUAGAGAUCGAAGACGCAGCAACAAUUCUAGAGUUUCUUGCCUGGGGUCGUCGUAAGAACCCUGAUUACCGGGAUGUCGUUGCCCGCAAAGACGCCCUUGAGCAUCAAUCUCCCGGCGAUGUAGCAGCUGAAGAUGUUUGGGACGAUCGAAGCCCAGGGGGAACGUCUCCCUGUGCAUAUCUCCAGAUACUGCUGCCGAGGAGACAGCAGGCAACCCGUCUGGUGCUCUGGUACCACGGGUCCUUUCAUUCCAUAAGUUUCCGCAACCAUCUUGAUGAUUUUUACACUACGGUCAACGGCCAGAUAAACCACCCCUCGGUUGAUCUGCAAUGGAUCGCCCUGCUAUUCGCCAUCUUGACCGGUGCUCUAGCCUGCGCACCGCGAGCCACCGCGCAGGCGUGGGGAUUCCCAGAAUGGGAACAAGAAAGAUUGUCCAAGCGAUGGUUCAAAGCCGUCACCACCUGUCUGCAUCAGGCAGACUUCACUGCGUGUCAUUCCAUCUACUCCGUCGAGGCUAUCGCCACACUGACCCUUGCGGCUCACUUGCUCGGCUUCUCCAACACCCAGUCUGUUCUGUUGGCAUCAGCAACGAGAAUAGCGCAGAGUCUGGGCCUGCACAGGCUGGGGUCCGAAACAGAUGAAUCAUCGCCGGGUCUGGUGGACCGGGAGAUAGGACGUCGUGUGUGGUGUCAGCUCUGCAUUCAAGACUGGUUCUCCAUCCCGUUCUCCGAGAGCUAUCUGAUCAAUGGGUCCUGCAUCGACACGGCCAAACCGCGGAACUGCCGCGACGAUGACAUGCGCACCCUGUCAGACGAUGAACCCUCCAACACCAGCUACUCGCGGUUCUUCUUUGAAAUCGCUGCGCUUAUGCCGCGGCUGCAGGAUGAAAUGACCACGGCUAACACCCUCUACACCCGCUACCAGCGGGUCCUGGAGUACGACCGUCAGCUGCGUAUCUUGGCCACUCGACGACUCCCCUACUACCUUCAGAACGUGCCACUGGAGCCGUCAUGGCCGCAGUUUGUCCCAUGGGCCCGGCACAGUCUCGCCAUCAGCUCCUCCCACAAGAUUAUCAUGAUCCAUCGUAAAUUCUUGGAGCUCAGUUUCACGAAUCCCGUCUUCGCGCGGACGCGACGGACCUGCGUUGCGGCAGCCAGAACGAUCAUCAAGGAGCAGAAGGACGCGAUUCAUGACGGGGGACCUGUUCUGUGGAUUCACCAAGCGUUCAGUGUGACGGCUAGUGUAGGUUCUCUCCUUGCAGCUCAUGACAUCACUGAUGCAGUUCAGAUCAUCCUCUGCCUUGACCUCUUCCGCCGCACCAUCACCGACCCGGAGACCAACCAGCAUCGACAGCUCGUCCAGGACGGUCUCAAGAUACUUUCGCGCUGCGAUUCCAACAUGAUCGCCAGACGGGGCGUGCAUCUCCUCGAGGCUCUGCUGGCUCGGAAGCGUGCACGAUCGCAGGAUGCCUUGCCGGGAAUAAGAACAACAGAAAGCGCGUCCGAGCCGAGCCGGAUUGUGGGUUUGGAUCUGGUCGGUAUCAUCCGCAGCUUCUGCGAGCAGGAUCGGCUUCAGAUGACUGAUCGACAGUCCGAGCCGACUCGAGACUGGCCGCCGAUGGAUUUCCGUGGAGCGAAUAGAGAUAAUGGACAAUCUCCCUCGCUAGAGCCUCUGUCAGUGUCACUUGGCUUGGAAUGUGCGGAGGGACUAGAAGAUAUCUUCUCCUUGGCUGCUAGUUAUGUUACUUAA